AGGCGGUAGCGGCCGGGAGGGCGAUGGAGGCGGUGUGGCCGGAGCUGCCGGAGUGGCGGUCCCGGCGGGAGCUGCGCGUUGCGGGCGCGGCGGUGUCGGCGCGGGUGUCGGCGGGCGGGGGGCGGCUGCCGGCGGCGCUGCGGGCGCUGGGCCCGGGGCUGCGGGCGCUGGAGCUGAGCGGCUGCGCGGCGCUGCGGGAGCUCGGCCCGGGGCUGGCGGAGGCGCUGCCCGCCCUGCACACGCUGGUGCUGCGGGACAACGCGCUGGGCCCCGCGGGGCUGGGCGAGGGGCUGGGCGGAACCAUGCCCGCCUUGCGCGUCCUCGACCUCUCCGGUAACGGGCUGGAGGUGCUGCCGGCCGCGCUGGGCGGGGACGGGCCCGAGCCGGGCCCCGGGGCCGACCCCGAGCUGCCGCAGCUGCAGAGCCUCAACCUGAGCGCCAACCGGCUGCGGGAGCUGGGCCCGGGGCUGAGCCGCGCCGCCCCGCGCCUGCAGGCGCUGCUGCUGGCGGGGAACCGGCUGCGGGAGCUGCCCGGCCGCCUGCUGCCCCCGGGGCCCGCCGCCCAGCCGCUCUUCCCGCUGCUCAGCCGCCUCGAGGCCCCCGACAACGAGCUGCGGGUCCUGGGGGGGGCCGGCAUCGCCGCGCUGCCCGCGCUCAAGAGCCUGGAUGUGGCCAACAACCAGCUGCAGGAGCUGCCUGCUGAGCUGGCUGACUGCCCACGGCUGAAGGAAGCCAACUUCAGGGGCAACCAGCUGAAGGACAAGCGACUGGAGAAGAUGGUCAAUGGCUGCCAGACCAAGUCCAUCCUGGAGUACCUGCGGGCCGGCGGCCGUGGCAAGGGGAAGGCUGAGAACAGCAGAGAGGAGGCCAGGAAGAAAAAGAGGGAGAAGCAGCAGAAGAAGGAUGGUGGGGAUGGUGAGCAGGAUGAGGUGGAGGAGGCGAGCAAGCUGCUGGUGAAGGUUCUGCAUGUCUCUACGCCUUUGGUGGUCAAAGUGAGCGCGGGUGUCAAAGACGUCCGACCCUUCAUCGUGUGCUGUGUGCUGAAGGGAGUGAACUUGAAGCCAGGAAACGCUCUGAAGAAGUUCCUGUCCGUGCAGACUAAACUGCAUGAAGACAUUUGUGAAAAGCGAACGGCAGCCACGAUCGCCACCCAUGACCUGUGGCUGAUCAAAGGUCCUCUGAUCUAUGACGUUCAGCCUCCCGAGGAGCUGAAGAUAACACCUCUGGGUCGAAAGGAGAUCAAGGCCAAGGAUCUUCUCCGGCAGCUGCAGUUGGAAGCUGAGGAGCAGAGGAAACAGAAGAAGCGGCAGAAUAUUUCUGGAUUGCACAAGUAUCUCCAGUUACUGGAUGGCAAAGAUCACUACCCGUGUCUUGUGGAUGCUGAAGGCGUUGUGAUUUCUUUCCCACCGAUAACCAACAGUGAGAAAACAAAGAUUAGAAAAGAGACGCGGGAUCUGUUUCUGGAAGUGACAAGCGACACCAGUUUGCAGAUAUGCAAAGAUGUCAUGGACACACUGAUCCUGAAAAUUGCAGAACUGAACAGAUCUACCUUGGAGAACAAGGAAGACUCGGGCUCAGAUAGUGAACCUGAUGCUCUCCGUGGACCGAUGAAUUCGAACUCCAGCCAAAACACACAGCCCACGAGUCUCCCGUUAGUGGUGGAGCAGGUUCGAGUGGUGGACACUGAUGGGAACCUGAAAGUACUUUAUCCUUCCAAAACUGACCUGGCCACCGUUUCCUCUCUGCUGACUGUAAUACGUUAGCAGCUCUCCGAGCUAAGAACAUGAUUCCACUCCCUUUUUCGUUCUUGCUGUUUCAUAUUCAACAACGCAGCGUGUACGCGGUGAACUGUUUUGGGUUUUAAAGAACAGAUGCAGUGCAUCAUGCCUGGGUGUGUAGAACUAACAUUCCACCAAUCUACAGCAAGGAAUAUUGCAUUCUUUCAGCCUUCAUAGGAAGUCACCAGUGUUCUGACCAGGUAAUGGCAUCUCGAGAUGCAAACUGAGAGGCAGAGAACGUAUCGGAAGUCGGGAUGCGUUAACUGAUAGAGAAAAUCAUUACAACAUGUUGUUAUUGAUAAAAUGAGGACGGGGGUAUUUUUCUGCACAAUCGCUGUUUCUUCCUGGUGUUUUUCAGCUGGAUUGUUAUUUUGGCAGCUAAACUGAGACACCCAGUCGUGACAGUGUCGAAACCAAGUCCCAUGCUCUGUGCCAUUAGUGAGGGCAGCACGCAAAACCGCUUCGCUAACGCCUCAUUCUGCACAAUUGUGAGAAUUUAAUUGCUGUCAGAACUCGAGGAAUCAGUUUUAAAGUGAUGGUUUCUGUGUUCAGACAUUAACGCAGCUUCCAUUUUUAAGUGAAGUCAGUUGAAUUGACUGUAGGGGUUUCUGUGUCCCGGGACAUUUUAGAGCCAUCAUCCGUUCUUGUAGCACUCCCAGUUUCAGUGACCUUGUUGUGCACCUGUGGAGUCAUUGUUGGAUUUAUUCUUGGAGUUCAGUUCUGUUCGGAGGGCGAUGCCUUAGAUUGACACUGCUGAAGGUCCCAUCUCCGCAGAGCACGAGCACUCUUGGGCUUUCCAUCACACCCCAACAUGAAGAGUGCUGGGAACACCUUCCGAAACGCGGACAGCUGUGUGGUCCCCACUUUUGCAGUCUGUGGGUGUCUUUUCUACCUAGGCUGCUCCCUGUGUGGGUGCAAACCUCCCCAUAAGAUGGGGUGAUCAACAAAUUGACUUCUUCCCUUUAAAAAAGAUACGCAGCUCUAACUAAACUUCCAGAUGUGCUGUCAAACACGGUCAUGUGUUGGGACUUACCUGUUGUAUGGAAAAAUAAAGCAGUUUUUGGGGUCAUCUAUGACAGUGGCUUGUUUUGGUGAGUUUUU